AUGAAGUGGCAGAAAAGACCGAGUCUGGACAAGCUCAUCCCCCACGAGCCCACGACCACACCCAACCUGAAAUGGACGCUGGCAGGAUGGUCUCUCUUGCUAUCCUGGAUCGGUUCUAGUUGCAAUGAGAAUGCAGGUCCCAAGCCCAAGGCCGAGUCCGAGUCUAGAUUACAGUUACCACUACACUAUGGACGCAAUGACCUAGAGAACGUGCCACUCUGUUGCUCAGCAGACGAAGAGGCUUGCAUGGUCCAAUCAUGA